ACAGCCCUUCUCGCAGGAAGUAUGAAUGCCCUACCACGGUUGCAUUGCUGUAAAAGUCCCCCGCAGACGUCGGAUUGAACAUCAGAUUUUACUGGUCCGCUGCACGGAUAGCGCUGCUGUAAUCAGUCUGGUAUUUUAUAGGCUUCCCUUACUGGGCCUUAGAGAAUUACAACUAUCUGUACUGUCGAAGAGGACGUUGUUCCAACAGACUCUGGUAGAAGUAGACGAUAACAGACAACAUGAUUCUUGGUGAAUAGGGCGUUAAACGUUUUUACUUUAAUAGAUCAGGUAAAAUCUAGAUGAGAUUAGCCUACAUCAGACAUUUAUUUGUCGCCACUGAAGUUUUAAUAUUGAAAAGGACGUCUGAUUGCUCUGCUGUUUAGUUUUUUAAUUUGAACGCUGUAACAAAGAAAGUGGCUGUAAUGUAGGCUAGCUACAGAUUUACUGUCACAUUUUUAUUUGAAGAAAGAAUAGCUUCCAUGAUGGAUCGGGACAGAGCUAUCCCAUCCCCCUCCACUCUGCUGGAGUCCCCUGGUCACAACUCUCCUGGUAGCACCUUACUGCUGGGUCUGAAGAGGGUGUCUGUGAGGCUGGUCGACUGCAGGAAAACACCAGGGCAGAGUGGAACUGUGAGAGAAGGACACGAGGAGGAGGGAGAUUUGAUUUCAUCAAGUGCCACCCCUAACCAUCAUUCUCCCAGUGGGAGGAGCUUAUCAUCUGGGGAGCCUCAACAUGUUACUGACGUGACAGAGAAGAGUCUCUCCAGAUCAGAACAUCUCAAGAAACACCAGCAGAUAUGUAGAGGGAAGAAACCUCACCACUGCUGCUCUGACUGUGGGAAGAGUUUCACUAGCCUGAGUGGCUUCAUUAAUCACCAGCGGAUUCACACCCGAGAGAAACCGUACUGCUGCUCUCAGUGUGGGAAGAGUUUCACCUGUGCAGGAGGUCUUAAAGUACACCAAAGAAUCCAUACUGGAGAGAAGCCUUACAGAUGCUCAGAAUGUGGGAAGUGUUUUACUGCUUCUAACGCCUUCAAAUAUCAUCUGCGAAUUCAUACAGGGGAGCGGCCUUACCCCUGCCUUGAUUGUGGAAAGAGCUUCAACCAGUCAUGCAACCUGACUACACACAAGCUAACACACACUGGAGUGAAGCCUUAUAGCUGUGAUCAGUGUGGAAAGAGCUUCAAUCAGGCAGUCCACCUGACCACACACAAGCUAGCACACACUGGAGUGAAGCCUUAUAGCUGUGAUCAGUGUGGAAAGUGCUUUGCUGUAUCUUCCACCCUGAAUCGACACCAAGUAACACACACGAGAGAGAAGCCUUAUAGCUGUGAUAAGUGUGGGAAGAGCUUUGCUGUAGUUUCCUCCCUGAUUAGACACCAGGCAAUACACACUGGAGAGAGAACUUAUGUCUGUCUAUGUGGGAAGAGCUUUGCUCUAGCUUCCACUCUGAUUACACACCAGCGAACACACACAGGAGAGAAGCCCUAUAGCUGUGAUCAGUGUGGAAAGUGCUUUGCUGUAUCAGAAAAACUAACUAUACACCAGCGAACACACACAGGAGAAAAGCCUUAUAGCUGUGAUCAGUGUGGGAAGAGCUUCAGUCAAUCAGUACACCUGAAUACACACCAGCGAACACACACUGGAGAGAAUCCUUAUAGCUGUGAUCAGUGUGGGAAGAGCUUCAGUCAGUCAGUACACCUGAUUUCACACCAGCGAACACACACAGGAGAGAAACCUUACAGCUGUGAUCAGUGUGGGAAGAGUUUCAGUCAAUCAGGGAGCCUAAAUUCACACAAGCGAACACACACUGGAGAGAAACCCUAUGUCUGUUUUUGUGGGAAGAGCUUUGCUCAUUUAGGGCCAAUGAAAAAACACCAGAAAGCAAAAAUGUGCCGUAUUUCAUCUUCUGAAACGGCACCAGUUCCAGAUCCCUAAAUAAAGGAUCAAUAGAAAACAUCUAUUGAACAGUCAUA